CGUCUCUGUCUCUCUGUCUCUCUGUCUCUCUCUCUUUCCUCUAUUCUCUCUCUUCUCUCUCUCACUCACAGAGAGAUCAAGUCGGAAGAGAAUCUCAUUGGGUCCACUUCGGUUCAACGGAAGAGAGCAAAUCAUUCGCUCCCUCGAAAUCUCCUCACCCUUAGGUUCCAAUUUCCAUGGCAUUAAGUUUCUGUUCCAACUGGGCAACACUUCAGCAACUAACUCCAGAGAUGAGUACCUUCCAACAACGGCAAGCAGAGGUAGCAAGACAGGUCUUAGGCCUCUACGACAAUACCUUCGUCGAUCCAUUAUUUGAUCCCGACGAGUUCCUUUACACAGACAAUUGUGCUUCCCUUCCAUACUUCUCUCCUCCUCCUUCAAACCCACUAGUUUCCCUCUCACCUGAACUCUACCCAACCUAUGAUUUUGAUUACUGUGACUACCCAAAACGCCAGAAAAGCUUUGAAGACUUCUAUUACCCUGAUUUUGAACCCAAUUGCUUUGAUGGGUAUGGACUGAAUUCUUAUUAUUCUUGUAAUUCUUAUCCUGUGCCUGAUUUCUUGCCGGAAAUGGGUUUUCCGGCGACUGAAGUUCCGAAUCCGCCCGUUUAUUCGAAUGGCAGUGUUGAUAACAUGAAGCCCAAUGGUGGUGGGUCGUCGGCGCAGAGUGUUGCCGCUCGUCAGAGGAGGAGGAGGAUCACUGAGAAGACUCAAGAGCUUGCAAAGCUUAUUCCUGGUGGGAAUAAGCUUAACACUGCUGAGAUGUUCCAAGCUGCAUUCAAGUACGUGAAGUAUUUACAGGCUCAAGUGGGAAUUCUUCAAUUCAUGGGGUCAAUUCAGGAAGGUAAUAAGGAUGAGAGCAAUGUGGAAGGACUAGGAGUUGUUCUUGCAUCCCCAAGAAUCGAAGAGAAGCUUUACUUGGAGGAGAAGUGUUUGGUUCCAAAAGGGUUUGUAGAAACCCUAGCUAAGGAUCAAGGGAUCAAAUCAAAUCCGACGAUUGCGAAAAGUCUCAAUAGGUUGAUCCAAUCAGAGUCUUCAUGAUUGGAUAUUAGAUGCCAACCUUAAUUAACCACUAAUGGAGUUUUCAUUUUUAAUUAAUUUUUACAAUUUUUUGUUGUAAAUAUCUUAAUUUAGCUGCUCUGCUAAUUUUGUUGUUUUGCUUAGUUAGUUAGUUAAUCUUUUUCUUGUAAAUAUUAUCUAAUUUUACAAGAAAUAGAUUAGUGUUGUGUCUUUGUUAGAAAUUGUUGGUUGGUUAAGAUGUUUAUUUUGGGCAAAUGUAAUAAGAAGAUGUUGGGAUUUGGUCCAA